CUUGGAGACGAAGUUCGGAGCCCCGCCCCCUCCGCGCGCUUCCCCGCCGUCUGGCUCCGCCGACCCGCGACCUGCCGACCCUCGGACCAGCUCUCGUGCGCCAUGUCUGGCUCUUCCAGCGUCGCCGCUAUGAAAAAGGUGGUUCAGCAGCUCCGGCUGGAGGCCGGGCUCAACCGCGUGAAGGUUUCCCAGGCAGCUGCAGACUUGAAACAAUUCUGUCUGCAGAAUGCUCAACAUGACCCCCUGCUGACUGGAGUGUCUUCAAGUACAAAUCCCUUCAGACCCCAGAAAGUCUGCUCCUUUUUGUAGUCAAAUCUUUCAGAGGUUUCCCAAGCCAUUUUUCCUGAACCAGUGAAUAUUGAAGAAAGCUAAAUUUGAAGCCUGUACAAAAGCUUCUCUAUAGCAUAUGUGCCAUAAUAUACAGACUUCUGCUUUUGUCAGUUCUUAACAUCUACCUCCCCGAAUUUUCAUGAAUUUCUAUUUCACAAAGGUAAUUGUUUUAUAUACACUGGCAGCAGCAUAUAAUAAAAUACUUAGUAUAAA